UUCGUUUGGAUGCUCCACGUAUCCACAGCGUCAUCAAGUCAUGGGCUGUGGCUUCAAUCCCCGGAUUUUUUGUUUGCAUGUGCUGUGCUGCUAUGAAGCAUUGUUUAGCAAACAAUGUUUUGGGAAUUUCUUCCCGUAUCCAGCACGUGUUCCCACCCGCAGAUGCUGCCUCCAUGCUUUUCGUUGCCGACACUGCAAUAUCUGGUAUAUGUGUUGCACUUGCCCUCUGUAUCGCUGUGCCAAGAGCUAGCAAGAACCGUUUCUUUAAUUACGCAUUUUUGCGAUACACUGUAAUUAUCAUCAUACUGAACUGGUUUCAAUCCACACAGGGUGGGGGGCAGCCUGCUGUACAAUACGUUGCUUGUGGCGUGAUUAGUUUUGUUGCUGUUCACUGUUUGUGGAAUGUAGAAGUAAAACAGCCGAUGAGUGAAGUGUGGGAUUGGAACAUGUAUGGAACCAAACUGAAGUUUCAUGGAUGGUUUAUUAACACUGCCAAUGAGGAUGGUGACGGAGGUGAGGAUGGUGACGGAGGUGAGGAUGAUGCUUCAUUUGCCUCGGAGCAUUCCGAUGAUGAAGAUUUGACUGGGUUGUCAAUUUUACGUGCGGUGCAAGUGUUGGCCAUUCGUGCAAACUUCCGUAUCAGCCGUAUGGACGCCCAUGACUGGUACCAAAGUUUUGUCAUCUAUAUGGCGCUCGAGGGGGAAGUACAAGAGGAAGGAAUGGAUUUGGUACUCAUUGGACCAUGUGGGAUACUACAUGCUUACGGUGCCUUUUGCUUGGAGGUUUUCACAGAAGACCUGGUUUUCACAGAAUACGAUGAGGGUUCUUCUACUGAUGAUGAGGGAUCUUGGGGCGGUCAUUUCCGCCGAGGCUGGGAUGUUACUGAUCCUGAUGAAGUUGAGGAAUUCACACAAACCAUCUAUGGAGGCCUUGGCCGCAAGUUGGAGAUCACAUACUUGGUGAUUCCGGAAGUAGUUGAGACCUAUGUUGAGGUCAGGUUGAACCUCAAAGACUUCAGUUCGAGAAGCCGCUCUGUGUAUGGUAGCGUCCAGGCAAUUGCCAUUGACUAUGGGAGCAAAAGUGUCAAUCUCUUCAGUUUUGAAUGAGGCAGUAGCUUGUCCCUGCCCUGUGGUUCCACGUGCAUUCUUCCACUGGGACCACCCGCGAUUGCAUUGCCUAAAGGUAGCAAGUACAAACUCCACAUAGAGGUGGACCUAAGAGUAAUCACGACCUGUGACAGCCAAGAAGAGGACAAGAAUUUGAAAUUAUGUCUAGACUGCAGCCGUAGAAUUAGGAGUGAAGAACGUCUAGAGUUACCCCGUAGAAUUAGGACUCAAAAAAGAGAA